AUGGAGCACCAAAUUGGCGUGUCCCUUCAGGAUGACGAGGAAGGCACGGUGACGCCUUCCCUGCUCCUGCAGUCCUAUCGGCCAUCGUCGGAUGGUCCAAAAAUCACAGACAGUAAACACUGGUCGUCAGGCUCUGCAGGGCAACGCCGCGGGCAUGACGAUAGGUAUCAGGAUGCGGGGAGUCCAUGUCCUAAGGAGCACCCGCAAUGCUUUCGAAGUGAGGUGGCAUGUUCAAAGGUGAAAAGCUUCUUUCCGCAAUCCUGGCCCUCCAAUUCCGCUCUCCAGAGCGAGAGCGAAUCCCGCCUCCCUGCUAUUCUUCCUGGCACAACGAAGGAGGAUCUAAGCGAGGGAAUCAAAGAGCCUGUGGGAAUCCCCGGAAUACAUGCUUUCGCAGAAAAAGAGAAGGGGGUUCUUCGCCGCAAGGGCUGCGUGGAAGGAAUAACGGUCCCGAAGGGUGCUGCUCCAGGGGUGGAAGACCGUUUGGCGGAAAAUGUUGCCCUUGAGCGUCUUUCAACAAUUGAGGAAGAACACGCGUUGGAGUUCAGUCCUGAGAAGCCCUACGGGGGCGCGGAAGGCACUCGGGGAAGGAGGGGCUGCGACAGGGUCAAACGGUCGGCAAAUAUGUUUCAAAGGCAACCGAAUGAUGACAUAUCAGCGAAUUCGAGUGAGAUGUUGCCCACGAGAGCUGCUGAAGCAGCUGCGCUGAAUGGACAGGCACCGAGGGGCUUACAUUUUGUAAAUGCUGAUAUAGACGCAUUCUGUGGCAGGUCUUCCGAAGAAGCACAGGAGAGUACACGUGAAAAGUUUCGAGAGUACUGGCAGUGUGCGCUUAACAACUUCGGCCUAACUAACGAAGGCAUGCUACUGAAGCAGGACGCCGGCGAACAGGGUUUUUCCACAGCGGACGCACAGGAGGUGGUGAAUCUCGUAGUGCGGUACGCGGUUGCCGCAAGGCUCGGAAAAGUGUAUAGCUCGUCACAUUCGUCCGGAUAUCACGUUUCCCAUCUGUGGAAACCUCAAAGUGAUGCUACGCCGGGUGGUAGUGAAGCGCAAACAGCUGAUUCAUGUGCUAACUGUUCGGGGUACAAAGAUGUACCACAUAAGGAGGCUUCUCGCGUUCCUGCUGAUGUUCGCCCUCACCUGUCUCCCUCACCCAAGCGCCGAUCUCAGACCACAACGCAUGAGAGUCACGCCCAUGACUAUACGGGUGCAAAGCUGCGUCCGUGGCCACGGCGCGCAGCAGAGGUGCGACUGAUGCAAAGUCUCACGUCGCCGAUGCAAAAUCGGGUCGAAGAAGGAAUGGAAAAUGACACUUCAGGCCUUUCUGCAGAGGACGCGGGAGACAGAUACAUGAAUGGAACGACGCUACUCGGGGAUCUUCCAGAUAACGUCUUUAGAACAGUCCCUCGCUUUGAAACUGUGCUGGAGCUCGGGGCGGGCAUCGGUCGUUUGACACGACUGUUACAGCGUCUUGCCGAUCAGGUGGUGGCCCUGGAUUUUGUUGACGAGUACGUCCGCGCCAACCGCGAUGCCAACAGCGACCCCAACGCAAGGCCAAACGAUUUGUUUGUGACGGCGGACGCAACCACCGUUGAAUUUCCUCUUGCCGCCGACGAUCCGCGGAUUGUGACUGCCCGCCCUUCCUCGAACGCAGCGUCCCCGGCAACCUUCGAUUUGCUGGUUAUCAACUGGCUGCUCAUGUAUCUCACAGAUUAUGAAGCCAAAGCUCUACUUUGGAAACUGAUAUCUGUCUGGUCAAGGCGAGGUGGUUUCAUUUUUGUGCGGGAGAGCUGUGGCGAACCUUCAGACAAGGGGAAGCAAAACCGUGAUUGGGCCAUAGGCGGGAACCCGACGGUCUACCGAUGCGCCGAAGUGUACUCUCAGUGGAUGCACGAAAUUGCACAGGCAACGGGUGAGAUUGAGAAGCAGGUUUCCGUCGAGCCGUGCCAGACCCCAACCGACACAGCGAGAACACACUGA